AUGUCGUCUGGACCUAAACUGUUUCGUUUCCCGAUUCCACUCCCGCCACUGCCUUCGUCGGCCCACGUCCGCUCUGCAGGCGUGUACCUCGCCGGCGGGUUGUUUUCGCUUGGCUUUUGGUUUUUCCUCGACUCUGCGAUCUACUCCAAGAAGUACAACGGGUCGGAUGUGCACGUCAAGUUUGUGGACUGGAUCCCGGGCAUCUGCUCGCUGCUGGGGAUAAUCGUCAUCAACUCGGUCGACAAGGCGCGGUUGUCGUCCGACGCCUCGUUUUCGUUUGGCGGGGAUAACGUUGCGUGGAAAGCACGGCUGGUGCUGUUUAUGGGGUUUGCGUUGCUGGCGGGUGGGUUUGCGGGGAGCAUCGUCGUGCUGAUUCUCAAGUACAUCGUGCCGCAGUAUCCUUGGCCGACCGUGUACUUUGGAAUCAGUAAUAUGAUUGCGAACGGGUUGUUGAUGCUGAGUUGCGUUGUCUUGUGGAUCUCGCAGAACGUGGAGGAUGAGUACUCGUACUCUUUGUCGUUGUAG